CAUACUGAAAAUAAAAUAACAAAAAAUGAAAGAAGAAAAAAACUAAUAAAAAUUCCAAUCACAGGAACAUUAUACUUCUUCUAAUCAUAGCCUUUUUCAUUCCCUUUCAAUCUUUUCUUUUCUUGCCUUCCCAAAAAGAACUUAUUUUUAUUUGGCUAUUUGGCUUUUUUCUUCCCUUUUUUGGUGAAAUUAUCCAUACAGAAUUAUCCCAAAUUUCAUUGGAAUUUCCUUUCUUUUUCUAUUUUGUAAGAACCCUUUUUGGAUUUUUGCUUUUAACAUUAUGUCUUCCAUAUAUUGAAUAUCUGAUUUGAAUUUAUUUUCUUUUUUUCUUUUAACACAACAUGUUUGAUGCAGGGGAGCAACUGAUCAAGCCCCUUUUCCCAUCAAUUCAGAUUCUUUUUUAAUAUAGGAGGAGGAGGAGGAGGUAUUAAAUGGCCAGCAGCUGUUUGUAAUUUAUGUUUUCUGGUGUUUUUUGAAGGCUGGAGAUGUCUAUGCGACAGGAGAAUUCUGAUGGAACUACUUCUUCCCUGCAAGAUCUCUUAUUUUCAGACAAACACAGUUGGAGCAAGAAGGAUCGGCACAAAAUUUCUGGUCCACAACGAAAACUGGAGAAACUGCUGAGUCAAUCAGGAAAUAAGAUUUGUGCAGAUUGUGGAUCACCAGAUCCGAAAUGGGUGUCCUUAAGUCAUGGAGUAUUUAUUUGUAUCAAGUGUUCUGGUGUUCAUAGAAGCCUUGGAGUACAUAUAUCAAAGGUUCUAUCAAUCAAACUAGAUGAAUGGACAGAUGAACAAGUGAAUGAUUUCAUUGAUUUGGGUGGCAAUACUAUAGCAAACAAGAAGUAUGAAGCUUGCAUUCCAGAUGAAUACAGAAAACCAACGCCAGAUGCCUCUAUAGAUGAGCGAUCUGAAUUCAUUAGGAGAAAAUACGAGCAUCUUCAAUUUUUGGGCACUGAUGAACAAAUCAUCUGCACUCAACGACCCAGAAGAACUUCAUCUGCCCAUACCAGUUCUUCCCAAGAGAAGCAAGAGAAGAAGCAGUAUGACAAGCAAGCGACAAGACAUCGUAUUGGGAAUGCAUUCCGUAACAGCUGGGGAAGAAAAGAUUCUGAGUACAAGAACUCAAAAAAGAACACCUCUAUGGCAGCUAUGGUUGAAUUUAUUGGAUUAAUCAAGGUUAAUGUGGUAAGAGGAACUAAUCUAGCAGUACGGGAUGUGGUAACUAGUGACCCAUAUGUCAUCUUAGCACUGGGUCACCAAUCUGUAAGAACUCGUGUCAUAAAGAACAACCUGAAUCCAGUUUGGAAUGAGAGUCUAAUGCUGUCGAUCCCAGAACAUAUUCCUCCUCUAAAACUGCUUGUCUACGAUAAAGAUACAUUCACCACUGAUGACUUCAUGGGUGAGGCAGAAAUAGACAUUCAACCUCUGGUUGCUGCUGCCAAAGCCUACGAAACUUCUACAAUCACCGAGCCAAUGCAGCUUGGCAAGUGGGUAGCAAGCAAGGAUAACACUCUAUUGAAAGAUGGUGUCAUCACAUUAGUAGAUGGUAUAGUAAAACAAGACAUAAGCCUCAGGCUACAAAAUGUCGAGAGGGGGGUGCUAGAAAUUGAGCUGGAAUGUGUUCCUCUUACUCAAUAGUUAUACCAGAAACUCAAUUCCCAUCUACUGGAAAAUGCAUUAUAGGAACAAAUGUUUAUCCUGCUGCUAUUCUUGUAUACUGCUAUACAGUCCUUGUUUACAGGAUAUCUUAGAAUUUUCACCGAUGAUUUUGUGGAUAGUUUGUGAACUUUUGUAGUUACUAAUUACAAUUCAAAAUGUUAAUUAGGUUGAGCAGCCCCAGUACAGUAAAAUUGCUGGUUUGCUGGCAGCUCUAUAAUUAUAAACAUUGUAAUCAGUCAUAUUUGCUGAACCUUGUUCCUGAAAGACAAAUCAUUGUUUAGUUCAGUA